AUGGCGGUGGUGAUAAGGGCUUGCUUUGGGUGCUUCUUGAGGGUGGGUUGAGUCCGGGUUUGGAGCUCUGCAGCUGCCAUAUCGCGCCUGUGCUUGGUGCGGUGUGCCAUGGAGGUGUUGGUGGUUAGAGAGAGAGAGAGAGAUAGAGAGAGAGAGAGAUAGUUUCUCUCUCUAGUUUUCUCUCUCUAAAAGCGAUUGAAGCAGGGUGGGGGAAUCUCGGGAGGGAAUCCGUCCAUGGCGGACACGUUCUGCAGGGACUGCAACAAGCAGACGGAGGUGGUGUUCGACCACGCGGCGGGGGACACCAUCUGCUCCGAGUGCGGGCUCGUCCUCGAGGCCCACUCCAUCGACGAGACAUCCGAGUGGCGGACCUUCGCCAACGAGUCGAACGACAACGACCCCGUCCGCGUCGGCGGCCCCUACAACCCCUCCCUCACCGACGGCGGCCUCUCCACCGUCAUCUCCAAGCCCAACGGGUCCUCCGGCGAGUUCCUUAACUCCUCGCUCGGCAAGUGGCAGGGCCGCGGCGCCAACCCCGACCGCAACCUGAUACAGGCGUUCAAGUCCAUCGCGAUCAUGUCCGACAGGUUGGGACUCGUUACGACAAUAAAGGACCGAGCGAAUGAGAUAUACAAGAAGGUAGAAGAUCAGAAACCUUUGAAAGGACGAAAUCUAGAUGCGAUAUUGGCUGCUUGCCUCUAUAUUGCUUGUAGGCAAGAGAACAAAGCUCGUACGGUGAAAGAAAUAUGCUCUGUUGCCAAUGGAGCUACGAAAAAGGAAAUUGGCCGAGCAAAAGAGUUCAUAGUAAAGCUGUUGGAGGGCGAGAUGGGUCAAUCUGUAGAAAUGGGAGCCAUACAUGCUGCAGAUUACAUGAGACGUUUUUGCUCUAAUCUUGGAAUGACGAAUCAAGAAGUUAAGGCUGCCCAGGAAGUUGUCCUGAAGUCUGAAGAGCUUGACAUAAGAAGGAGCCCUAUAUCCAUUGCAGCAGCCGUUAUCUACAUCAUAACUCAGCUGUCUAGUGACAAGAAGCCUCUUAAAGAUAUAUCAGUGGCUACUAGAGUAGCGGAAGGGACUAUUAAGAAUUCCUACAAGGAUCUUUAUCCUCAUCUGUCGAAGAUAAUUCCCAGCUGGUUUGCCAAGGAGGAGGAUCUUAAAAACCUUUGCAAUCCUUGAAAUGUGUCAAAGUGAAUGCAGGCUGUAUUGCAAUAGGUGUCCUCAGCAGAUGCCGUAACAAUGUUCCAGAAGAAGGUGAAAUGAGAGCUGAAGUGCAGAAAUUCGUUUCGAGUUACCGACAUGGGGAAUGGCUAGACGUAGAAGGGGCUUCAAGUAGCCGAAUUUUGUACAUGACUAGGAUUUUCUGUAUGUACCGGGAGCUCCUGGGUUCUUGGUUUACCGCAGAUCUCGUAAAUCACUAGGGAAGAUAUCUCAAAUGCUGUCAGUGUUAGGUCCUCUAGGCAAAUAAUUUUUCAACAAUAGUCUCGAUUGUACUGCUCUCUCUAUUGAAGCAAUUCAAUGUCAGUGCCUUGUCACCUCUUAUCUAUGGACUGAAAUAUCUAAACCUGUGCACACGCGGCGCAA